ACGAAAACGUUGGAUAAAGAUGGAUAAGUGGUUUGAAUACAAAGGGGCGCUUUUCGAUCCACGGAUGUUCACCAAAGAGUCGCUUGACGUCAUACCUGAUUACGUCAUACGUGACGACGAUGUCGUCAUUGUUACCUAUCCAAAAGCAGGGACGAACUGGAUUAUAGAGAUCGUGAACAAGCUGCUGAGGGCUGCUGGGAAGACUGACGUCACGACAGAGGAUAUCCCGUGGGCCAUCGAGUCCACCUUACCGCAGUUCGGACAGCCUGGUCACGUGAUCCUCAAGGACCAACCAUCGCCCAGGAUUCUCCACACGCACCUUCCGUACCAUCUGGCGCCAAACAUGGUCACAAAUCCGGAAGGAAAGGUGAAAGCUAUAGUGUUGAUGAGGAACCCUAAAGACACGGUGGUGUCUUCGCAUCAUUUUAAUCGCAAGAUGCAAGCAUCACUGGGCGCGCCCUCGGAUGUCACACCCUGGGACAAGUAUUUACAAUGUUUUUUGGACGGGAAAGUAAUGUACGGUGAUUUCUACGACCACGCGCUGGGCUGGUGGCAGAUGAGAGACGAUCCACAUUUCCUGUUCCUGAAGUAUGAAGACAUGAAGAAGGACCUGUCCAGUGUUGUUAUGAAGAUAAAGGAAUUCUUGGACAUCACUUUGGAUGACGUCACCACGGCAAGCAUCAUCGAGUCCUUCAGUUUUGCCAACCUGACAUCUGCUUGGAAAACUUCCGGAAAUCAACUCAAAACUUUCAUCGCAAGAAAAGGUGUGGUUGGCGACUGGAAGAACCAUUUCUCGGAGCCUCAGAGUGAAGCUUUCGACGCCAGGUACAGGGAGAGGCUGGAGGGGACUGGUCUACAGUUUGACUUUGAGUAGGGCCAGAAUAUGGAUGACUACCGCGAAUUUCGUACCACAAUGCUGUAAACCCUACAAAAUAGCAGCAGAGUGAGCAAUUUUAUGUAAUAAAUUGCAAAAAAAAUAGGAAAACGUGUUUCUAAAGUAUCAAAAAUACAUUUUCUAUAUUUCUAAUACUUAGCGUUCUCUAAGAAAAGGUCCAAAAUAACUCCUUCGAGCCGGAUUCGAACCAGCGACCUAAGGAUGACAACAUGUAUCCGCUACAGUCCUCCGCUCUACCAACUGAGCUAUCGAAGGAACGAUAACGUUGUGCGAAGCCGCAUCCGUAACAAGUGUAUCACAAGGAACCCUCUUGUAGAAAACGUUUUCUUUGAAGAUAUUGUGAUCGUCGUAUGACAUGAUAAAUUUAUUAGACACUCAUGUAAACAUUGAUUCAAUGAUAAUCGCUAUGGCUCGAGCUCAUCAAACCAUUCGCGAUUUUACAGCUUUAGUGGCAAUGUUAAUAAUGUUUACUAAAAUAUUGCUUUGACAAAUUUCAUACCGCAUUUUCUAAAUUUUUUCUAUGUUGUAGAGGAAAAUGGGGUCCUUUAAUUAUUGUUUCGGUCCGAUUUCUUUGGUGAAGAAAAACAAACAAACAAAUAAACAAACAAACAAACAAAAAUAACUUAGCCCCCUGUGAGAUUUGAACUCACGACCCCUGGUUUACAAGACCAGUGC